UUUUCUAUUUACUUUUCUUGCAGUGAAUUCACGGAUGAUUCCAUUGUGAUGUCAGAGUACUGUAUUCACAACAGUGUUAUCGGUUUGAAAAGGAAAAAAUGAAAAUAUUGGUAAUUGAAAUGGAAGAAUGAAAACUAGAAAAUCUGUUCACAUUUUAUUUUUAUGGCUAUCUCAAAUUUUCAAAGAUCUCAGUCCAGCAGAUGCUGCUACAACCCCAUUGAGUACCACGAAUUUAUCGUGCUAUGAUUGUACCGAGUCGUUUAAAUACGUGUGGGAGCCUUAUACAGCAUGCCAGUACUAUCCACAGAGUACCCCGCUCCGCCCCUGCCUUGGUGUAGAGAUGUACUGCAUGGUUGAACGUGUCACCUACAAGUCUGUCACUGUGAGCAUCAAACGGAGUUGUACCCAGGAGUGUUGGCAUGGAUGUUACGCCUCGGGAUUCGGACUCACAAAACUUAAAUGCACAUCAUGUUGCCUAGAACCGGGUUGUAAUGUUGGAGAUGUCGCUUGCAGGACUGUAGCUGGAAUAUAUUUGACAUUUGCCAUUUUUCUGAUUUUGAUUGAUUUUCAUUUCCAUUUUAUAGUGUGAAACAGAGAAUACCAGUCCAUGUAAAAUAAAGAAACACGUAUUAUUUAUUCAUAUCUACAGCCCGAUGGACAGAAAGCUGCAUAGUCGACGUUUAAGGUUUAAAUUACCUCACCAAAUCAUGUUACAUUUUCGACAAUUAUAAUAACUAACAAAAUUAUCAAAAUAA